AUGUCUUGCCUCAUUGGGCAUGAGAAUCCAGAAAUCGUCAAGGUUAUUUCGGACCAUGCACGAAACCUCGACCACCUCUUCUCCGGCAUGACUUCACCUCCUGUGGUUAGGUUGGCGGAACGACUCAUCUCUCUCCUCCCACAAGGCCUCGACAAGGCCUUCUUUCUCAGUACUGGGGCCGAGAGUAAUGAAGCCGCUAUCAAGAUGGCCAAGGUGUAUACUGGGAAGUUCGAAAUCGUUGGACUCGGCGCCUCCUAG